CACAUAUGAGAGAGAGAGAGAAGUGAAGGAGAGAUAGAGAGUAGAAAGAGCUGCAAUGUUGCAGGUCUUCUCGCAGAGCUGUGGCAGAUUGUUUUUUAACUUUAUUCAUGAAAAUAAUUCUCUCUCUUUCUCGCUCUUUUUACGUUUUUCUCUCUCUAGUUGUUACAGUUGUAUUUAGAGGUCUAUAUGUGCCAGAAGAAGGACGAUGUGAUUGAUCAAACAGAUGAAAAAAAAAAAAAGCUGUAGCUUUGUUCAUCUCACCUCACUGGUAAAUAUGCCUGGAAUCCCAGAAGUGUAGUCUGAUAUAUAGAUUAAAGUUGAUAUCUUUAUUGUUGGUAUGUGAUCAAACAUGGAGAGGGUGUGAGAUAGAGUAGAGGAGUUCUUCGUAACCGGUUUACAGUUGUAAUGUCGGCCAGUGUAGUAGAAGGAGGAAGAAGAAGGUUUUCUCUACUGUUUUAAGUUCUGGGUUUGUACGAAGUGGCUGUGUUUCGAACUGGGUUCUGAACCUUUUCUUCUCUGUUUCGAAGUGGUGAAAGGGUCGUUGUUUAAUGAGGUUUUGGAGGAGUUGGCUUUGAAUGAGCUUUGAUUGGUUGAAAGUUAUGGCAUUUCGUGUUGGGUUUGUUCUUUUGGCUUUUCUCGCUUGUGUGGCCCUUGGUAGUACAGUGGAUUCUGAUGACGGAGCAACACUUCUGGAGAUUAAGAAAUCGUUUAGGGAUGUGGAUAAUGUUUUGUAUGACUGGACAGACUCACCAUCUUCAGACUAUUGUGUUUGGAGAGGGGUCAGUUGUGACAAUGUCACCUUCAGUGUCCUUGCUCUUAAUUUAUCAGGUCUAAACCUUGAUGGAGAAAUUUCACCUUCGAUUGGUAAUCUGAAGAGUCUGCAAACUAUUGAUUUGAGAGGAAACCGAUUAUCAGGCCAGAUCCCAGAUGAGAUUGGUGAUUGUUCAUCUUUGACAAGCUUGGACUUGUCAUUCAAUGAGUUAAAUGGAGACAUACCAUUUUCAAUCUCAAAGCUAAAACAGCUGGAGUUUCUUGUUUUGAAAAACAACCGGUUAAUUGGACCUAUUCCUUCAACCUUGUCUCAGAUUCCCAACUUGAAAGUUUUAGACCUGGCACAAAAUAAUCUCAGUGGGGAAAUACCAAGGCUUAUAUACUGGAAUGAAGUGCUGCAAUAUCUUGGUUUACGAGGGAACAACUUGGUGGGUACUCUUUCCCCAGAUGUUUGCCAGUUAACUGGGUUGUGGUAUUUUGAUGUGAGGAACAACAGUUUAACUGGUAGUAUUCCUCAGAAUAUAGGGAACUGCACUGCCUUCCAAGUCUUGGACUUGUCUUAUAACCAGCUGACCGGGGAGAUUCCGUUCAAUAUUGGGUUUCUGCAAGUAGCCACAUUAUCAUUGCAAGGUAAUAAACUCUCCGGGCAUAUACCUUCUGUGAUCGGCUUGAUGCAGGCACUUGCUGUAUUAGAUUUGAGCAGCAACUUGUUAAGUGGACCAAUCCCUCCUAUUCUGGGAAAUUUGACAUACACUGAGAAAUUGUAUUUGCAUAGCAAUAGGCUGACUGGAUCAAUUCCUCCAGAGCUUGGGAACAUGACAAAGCUUCAUUACUUGGAAUUGAAUGAUAACCAUCUUUCAGGGCAUAUUCCACCUGAGCUUGGGAAGCUUACCAAUUUAUUUGACCUAAAUGUUGCCAACAACAAUCUUGAAGGGCCAAUCCCGGAGAAUCUAAGUUCAUGUACAAAUCUUAACAGCCUCAAUGUGCAUGGGAAUAAGCUAAGUGGAACCAUCUUAGCCGCCUUCCAGAGGCUGGAGAGUAUGACUUAUCUUAAUCUCUCCUCCAACUAUCUUCUGGGUCCCAUUCCUAUUGAGCUAUCUCGGAUUGGAAAUCUGGAUACGUUGGACAUUUCUAAUAAUAGAAUUAAUGGAUCAAUUCCUGCAUCUCUUGGUGAUUUGGAGCAUCUUCUAAAGCUGAAUUUGAGCAAAAAUCAUUUAUCGGGAGGUAUUCCAGCGGAGUUUGGUAAUCUAAGAAGUGUUAUGGAAAUAGAUCUUUCAAACAACAACCUUGCUGGUUCAAUACCUCAAGAGCUUAGUCAGCUUCAGAACUUGUUUUCAUUGAGGUUGGAACACAACAAUAUAUCUGGUGAUUUAAUGUCAUUGCUCAACUGCCUCAGCCUCACUGUACUAAAUGUAUCUUACAACAACUUAGCAGGCAAUAUUCCCACAAACAAUAACUUCUCAAAGUUUUCACCUGACAGUUUUAUUGGAAACCCUCGUCUAUGUGGCUACUGGCUCAGUUCAUCGUGUCAUGUGUCUCGUCCAACAGAGCGAGUUUCUAUAUCUAAAGCAGCUAUCCUAGGAAUUGCUCUGGGUGCCCUUGUGAUACUUCUCAUGAUCUUAGUCGCAGCAUGUCGUCCGCACAAUCCAGUACCUUUUCCAGAUGGUUCACUUGACAAACCAGCUGUUUAUUACUCAACACCGAGGCUCGUGAUUCUUCACAUGAACAUGGCGCUUCAUGUUUACGAAGACAUCAUGAGGAUGACGGAGAACCUGAGCGAGAAAUACAUAAUUGGUUAUGGUGCAUCAAGCACAGUAUACAAAUGUGUUCUUAAAAAUUGCAAGCCCGUGGCUAUCAAAAAACUUUACUCCCACUACCCUCGAUGCCUCAAGGAAUUUGAGACAGAACUCUCAACAGUUGGGAGUAUCAAGCAUCGGAAUCUGGUCAGCCUCCAAGGAUACUCGUUGUCCUCUUCUGGAUACCUUCUCUUCUAUGAUUACAUGGAAAAUGGUAGUCUUUGGGAUUUCCUUCAUGGUCCUAGCAAAAAGGAAAAGCUCGACUGGGAUGCUCGUCUGAAGAUAGCACUUGGAGCAGCCCAAGGACUUGCCUAUUUGCACCAUGACUGUAGUCCACGCAUAAUACACCGAGACGUGAAGUCAUCUAACAUCUUGCUGGACAAGGAUUUCGAGGCCCAUCUCACAGAUUUUGGUAUUGCCAAGAACUUAUGCAUCACAAAGUCAUACACCUCUACUUACAUAUUGGGCACCAUUGGCUACAUAGACCCUGAGUAUGCUCGAACUUCACGGCUUACUGAGAAGUCUGAUGUAUACAGUUAUGGCAUUGUUCUGCUCGAGUUACUGACUGGAAGAAAAGCUGUUGAUAAUGAAUCCAAUCUCCACCAUCUGAUAUUAUCCAAAACUGCAAACGACGCAGUCAUGGAGACUGUAGACCCCGAGAUCACAGCCACAUGCAAGGACCUUGGAGCAGUGAGGAAGGUAUUUCAGCUAGCUCUACUUUGCAGCAAGAAACAGCCGACUGAUCGUCCAACAAUGCACGAAGUAACCCGAGUUCUCAGCAGUCUCUUGCCAUCAGCAGCUACUCCAAAACAACUAUCCACCACAACACCGCCAUCCACACUUCCAUCAGCAGCCAAAGUGCCAGGCUACAUCGACGAGUAUGCAAACAUCAAGACCCCCCACAUGGUCAACUGCCCAUCCAUGAGCACCUCAGAUGCCCAGCUCUUUGUCAAGUUUGGAGAGGUAAUUUCUCAGAACAGUACCGGGUGAAACGAGAAAGGGUAAAAAAAGAAAAAGCAAAAAAAAAAAACCAACAUUAUUAUUAUGGUUAGUUAAAAAUAGAUGGAGAAAGUGUUAUAUAGAGAAGUUAAGUAAAAAAACAAAAGGGUUAGUUGUAAAACUUGAGAAAUGUUCAUGGAUGUUUUGAGCUUGUACUCACAAUGUAAAAAAAGAAGAAUGAUUUGAAA